AUGGGAGGCUUCAAUCUUGAGGUGUUCGAUGCAAAGGAGCCCACUCGCUCCAUUAUCAUUCUUGAUAACUUGACUGGUGAUGAAACAAUUCUCGCCAUAAAGAAAAGAAUCGCCCAGAAGAAGCUUGCAUUGACCGUCGAACGUCAGUCACUGCGUAUUGAACCGAAAGGUAAAGCAGCCCCGGACGAAAAACGGAUUGUGGAACUUGGUUUGGCUGCCCAGAAUGCGCACCUUUUUGUUCGAGAUCUCGGGCCGCAGGUGCCUUGGAAGACGGUGUUUCUUCUUGAGUAUGCUGGACCGCUUCUCAUUUAUCCAGUGUUCUACUAUCGCCCGGAGUUCAUUUAUGGUGGUUCAUCAAAGAAACCGUAUCACUUUGCCGUUACCUGCGCAUUCAUUUGUUGGUCAAUCCACUACAUUAAACGUUUAUUUGAAACUCAGUUCAUUCAUCGUUUCAGUAAUGGAACCAUGCCUCGAUUCAAUCUUGUGAAGAAUUGUUCAUAUUAUUGGGGAUUUGCUGCAUUUGUUGCUUAUUUUGUCAACCAUCCCGCGUAUACUCCUCCAUACUUCGGUGACAAGCAGGUGUACUUGGGCCUUAUUGGAUUCGCAAUUUCUGAAUUCGGAAAUCUUUCGAUUCAUAUCCUGCUUCGCAACCUUCGUCCUCCAGGGACUCGCGAACGGCGUAUUCCUUAUCCCGACGGGAAUCCGAUGAGCCUGCUCUUCAACUUUGUUUCGUGUCCCAAUUACACGUAUGAAGCAUUAUCAUGGCUUUCAUUUUCCAUCAUGGUCCAAAGCGUUCCCAGUGAGUUGAAUUCACAAAUCGAAAACAUUUUUUUUCUAAAACAAAGUGCUUAA